AUGAUAUCCAACUCGGCCAUGGGUGCCGUACGCCGCGCCGUGUGGGCCACAAAGGCCUCACACCCGCGGCUGGUUCGCAUGGAGCUCGUGGCACACCAGUCGACGUGUCACGAGUACGGCGUUGACGUUUUGAAGCAUCUGGUGGCACGUGAGCAUCUGUCACGCGCCAGUUUUACCGCGUUUCAAGCGCAACCCGAGAUCAACGUGCACAUGCGUUCGCUGAUAUUCGAUUUCGUGAUGUGCUGCCACACGAGACUCGCGCUUUCGUCGUCCACGCUGUUUCUGUGCUUCAACAUCUUGGACCGCUACUGCGCUCGCAUUGUGGUGAAAAGCGCCACCUAUCAGCUUGUCGCUCUUUGCGCACUGUGGCUCGCGUCCAAAUUCACCGACAAAAAGCCUCGUGUGCCGUCGCUGCGUGCCCUACAGAGCUUGUGCUGCCACCAGUACUCAAGACCUCAGUUCCAGCAAAUGGAACUUCACAUCUUGCAAGCCCUCGACUGGGAAGCUUGCGCGGCCCCACCGCACGACGCAUUCAUUGACAUUUUUGUCAAAAACAAGAUCAGCUCCUUAUGCUACAAGGGCCUCAAUCUCAAUGAUAUCAAGUACGCUGCGGUCGUGCUAUGUGAGCUUGCGUGCUUCGACCCAGUCCUGGCCUUCGAUUACAAUGCAUCGGCCGUUGCGCUUGCAGCUGUUACCAUUGCGACUCAUGCCCUUCAGUUGACAGCCGGAUCUCCAUUUUCGCAUUAUUCUGAAAAGGUCGUCGAUCCGAACUUGCGACGUGUGUGCGAUCUUUUGUUACUCAAAUUUCAUUCCGCAAAUUUCCCUUCCAGUUUCCGACUCAAGUAUUUGGGACACGCAAAGGUCGACGCGAACCCAAUUCUGCGCAGCUUAUCGAUUUAUGAUCGUCAUGUAAAGCCAGAUGAAUUCCUGGAGGGAAACGCGAAGUUCGCCGCAUGUAUGGAUAGCUUACACAAUGGCUCGAAUCGCUUUUCUCGAUUCGGCAUCAUACCACCAACGCCCUCCACCCCCUCCUCAGCAUCGGUCCAAGGGACAGCCGCCUCUAGACCAGGCGUCAUGGCAACACCUCAGUCAUGUGUUCACUCUCCAGUUGACAUUGACGCCGGCGCCGGCGCCACUUCCGCUAGUGCCCCGUCCACUAGUACUACCAAUCUUACCUCUGCUACAGCUACGCGGCCCGCAAUGUUCAAGCGCGAGCAUGCUAAGCGCAACUCGUCCAUUAUGGAUCCUUCGUUCUUUGAUGGUUCUGCAGUGUCUUGCAAGCGUAUGCGAGAGCAGUCGUAA